AGAGCUCACAUGGCUUUAGAUUUAAACAGUCUGUGUGAGUCUCCCUGGGCCACACUGCUCUUUGUAGGGCCCUGGCUUAAUGAAGGGCUGUCCCAAGCUGCCUUCUCCAUCCCUAGCAGUUCCCUUGGCUCCUUUGUGAGAUGCUAUCCAGGCUGACCCUCACAUAUUCUCAUUUCCUUCUACAGUCUAUCCCUCUCUUCUAGGUGUACCUGCAGUCCCAAGACAUGUCCUGCUACACCCAGUGUGUGCCAUGCCGGCCCUGUGGCCCGACCCCUCUGGCCAGCAGCUGCAAUGAGCCCUGCGUCAGGCAGUGCCAGAACUCCACCAUCGCCAUCGAGCCCUCUCCCGUGGUGGUGACCCUGCCCGGACCCAUCCUCAGCUCCUUCCCGCAGAACACCGUUGUGGGCUCCUCCACCUCCGCUGCUGUUGGCAGCAUCCUCAGCUCUGAGGGCGUGCCCAUCACCUCGGGGGGCUUUGACUUGUCCGGCUUGGGCAGCCGCUACUGUGGCAGAAGGUGCCCGCCCUGCUGAAGCCGCUGGCCGUGGCCCGGGAGAAAUUCGUCCAGAAAACAUGAACGUGGUGCUGGAUCAAGAAGACAUCUUCAAGCCCCUGCUUUCAGAUUACCUGACCCUCCUCAGCUACUCUAGGACGUGCUGGAAGAAAGAGGCAUGCCUAGGCUUCCAGUAACGCUGGCUCAUUCCUUUGCUUCUGUUCCUCUCCCCACCUACCUACCUCCUUCUCCAGUUUGUCUUUCUCUUUCUCUUUUUCUUUUUUUUUCUUUUUUCCUUGUUCUCCUUUUAUAUGUGAGGAUCCUCAGAACGAUCUCAUCCUGUGCUGGAAAAUAAGGCACAUGUCUUGCAUGAACUCACUGUUUGAACUUAAACAUGGGAUCAGGCAAAUCCUGCACUGUGAAGCCUCUUCUGAGAGUGACCUCCUUUUCCUCUGUAAGCAU